AUCCUCCAGCACACCACAUACUUCAAAACCCUUUCUCACAUAAAAAUUCGACAUUUGUGCUGGGAAAUUUGUAAAGUAAAAGGAAACGUACCGUUUAAGAGUGGAUCCCGAAACACCACCGCCAUUUUCAUUCUCAAACGGCACUACAGGCACUGUAUCUCCUUUCCUCUGACUAACAUCCAAAUUCACAUCACCUCCAUUUAACUUAUUACUUCCAACACCAGUCCGAGCAUUUUCCUUCGCAGCACCAUCACUAGUACUCAUAUCACAGCUUACGUUUCCUUGCACCUCACCAUUAACAACGACCUCUCUUCCUUCUUCCUCCAUCCACCCAAUUUUGCUUCGACCUGCACCACCAAGAACAGAGCCUGUGCGAUCGCGGCCUUCCUCCUUCUUCCGGCCAUCUCUUCCGAUCUCCAUCGCACGCUCUAUUCUUUCUUCCUCCUUCCGUCCAUCGCUGCCUUCCUCCCUAGCCACCGCUAGCUCGCCGUUCAAAUCAAGCCGUCGCCGUGCUUUUCCAGAAACAGAGUCUGAACGAUGAAGAUUGGAUGAAGAUCGCGCGUAAUUCCUCUUGCCUGAUCUGUGAAUUGCGUCCGUCCCUCUAUUGUAACGUGAUCUACUUCUUCCUAAUCGAUUGUGAUCAUUCGCAAGGAAUUUAGGAUCGUGAUAUCGUUCGAUUGAGAAAUCCCGUCCAGAUUUUGAGUACUCAAAGUUUUUGCAUCCUCUGUUCUGUCUGUGUCUGUCAAAUCCCUCUUCAUCUUGUCGCAGCGCUUUCCUACGUCGCCGUCUCACCUAGGUCCAUUCUCCACUAUCGGCUGAAGCCCCACCCCUUUUCUGCCUCGCUUUCGGUGAAGGCGGUGACCGUGACGGCCGCCCUAGGCUUGCCCUAGAUGCAGCGGAGUUCUUUCUCUCUCUACCUCUCUCUCUCUCAUAAUUUUUCCUUUAUAAACGAAUUUAGUUGUGUAGAGAUUUUAUUUACCCGUAGCCAACCGCACUGUUAACCCGCAAUCCGAAAAAACGCACCCGAAGAACCCUAAUUGCAGUAUCGUUCAUUCCCAUUUUUCCAUUGACGAAAGCAAAACAACAAAUCUUAGCAUUCUUCCAUUGACGAAAACAAAGCAUCAUCACCACCGCGAUGCCUGAACCUCACACUUCACAACAAUGCAUAAUCCUAAAUCCGCAGCGUCUUUCCUCAUAGCACGUGCCAAGUCUCUUCAACUUCGCCACCAUAACUAUCGCUUUCUCGCUUCAACUUCACGCUCACUCUUAUUCUCCUCGCCUCGCUUCUUUUCUGGAUAUUACAAUAUCGAACAGUUCUCUGAUGAUGAAUAUGAUUGUGAUUUUGAGAAUCACCAGGCAUCGUCUACGGUCGCCAAUGUGGAUGAGUGGAAAUGGAAACUCAGUAUGUUGUUACGGAACGAAAAGGAUCAAGAGAUUGUAUCAAGAGACAAAAGAGAUAGGAGAGACUAUGAACAAAUCGCUAACCUUGCCAAAAGAAUGGGACUUUACAGUGAGGUGUUUGGAAAAGUAGUUGUUGCAAGCAAGGUGCCUCUUCCUAACUACCGACCAGAUUUGGAUGACAAACGUCCACAAAGAGAGGUGGUGAUUCCACUUAGUUUGCAACGGAGGGUGGAAGGUUUGGUGCAGGAGUAUCUUGAUAGACUACAACUAAAUUCCGAAAAGACAAUUGACUCUCUGGAUAAUGUGAAUUCCAAAAAUCAGGUUAAAGAUAUAGACAUGGAUGAAAAUGCCAAUUCUUUUGUGGAUGAAUCUGUUAUGGAAAAGGUGCUCCAGAAGAGGAGUUUGAGGAUGCGUAAUAUGCAAAGAUCUUGGCAGGAAUCACCUGAAGGCAAGAAGAUGCUGGAAUUCCGGAAGUCUCUACCAGCAUUUAGGGAGAAGGAAGGUUUACUUCAAGCUAUAGCACGUAAUCAGGUUAUAGUUAUAUCCGGAGAGACUGGAUGUGGUAAAACUACUCAACUUCCUCAGUAUAUAUUAGAGUCAGAGAUAGAGUCCGGCCGCGGGGCAUUUUGCAGUAUUAUUUGCACACAGCCUCGAAGGAUAUCUGCUAUGGCAGUGUCUGAGAGAGUGUCAGCAGAGAGAGGAGAGUCUCUGGGUGAAACAGUUGGUUUCAAAGUUCGGUUAGAAGGAAUGAGAGGGAAAAAUACCCAUCUGCUAUUUUGUACUAGUGGUAUAUUACUCCGAAGGUUGCUGAGUGAUCGAAACCUGAGUGGUAUAACCCAUGUGUUUGUGGAUGAAAUUCACGAGCGAGGCAUGAAUGAAGACUUCUUACUGAUUGUGUUGAAGGAUCUUCUUCCACGUCGUCGUGAUUUAAGAUUGGUAUUGAUGAGUGCCACUUUGAAUGCUGAACUUUUUUCAAAUUAUUUUGGAGGUGCACCGACAUUUCAUAUCCCGGGUUUCACCUAUCCUGUAAGAGCUCACUUUUUAGAAGAUGUUUUGGAAUUUACUGGAUAUAAGUUGACAUCUUUCAACCAAGUUGAUGAUUAUGGUCAAGAUAAAUUGUGGAAAACACAAAAGCAGCUUGCACCACGGAAGAGGAAAAACCAGAUCACUGCUCUUGUUGACGAUGCUCUUUCUAAAUCAAGUUUUGAGAACUACAGUCCCAAGACACGCGAUUCAUUAUCUUCAUGGGCUCCCGACUGCAUAGGAUUUAAUCUCAUUGAGGCUGUUCUCUGCCAUAUAUGUCGGAAGGAACGACCAGGUGCCGUCUUAGUAUUUAUGACUGGGUGGGAGGAUAUAAGUUGUUUAAGAGAUCAACUUAAAGCACACCCUCUUUUAGGAGAUCCGAACAGGGUUCUGCUUCAAACAUGCCAUGGUUCAAUGGCAACUUCUGAACAGAAACUCAUCUUUGAUAAACCACCUCCAAAUGUAAGGAAAAUAGUAAUUGCUACAAAUAUGGCAGAGGCAAGUAUUACGAUCAAUGACAUAGUUUUUGUCAUAGACUGUGGAAAGGCAAAAGAGACUACUUAUGAUGCUUUGAAUAACACACCAUGUCUACUACCUUCUUGGAUAUCACAAGCAUCUGCACGGCAGAGAAGAGGCAGAGCUGGUCGUGUGCAGCCAGGAGAAUGCUACCACCUUUACCCUAAAUGUGUUUAUGAAGCCUUUUCUGAAUAUCAACUUCCGGAACUUUUGAGAACACCCUUGAACUCUCUUUGCUUGCAAAUAAAAAGUUUGCAGGUUGAGAGCAUUGGAGAAUUCCUAUCAUCAGCUUUGCAGGCACCAGAGCCACGUACCGUCCAAAAUGCUAUUGAUUUUCUAACGAUGAUUGGAGCAUUAGAUGAAAAAGAAAAUCUUACCAAUCUUGGGAAAUUUCUCUCGAUACUUCCUGUUGAUCCCAAGCUGGGAAAAAUGCUGAUAAUGGGAGCUAUAUUUCGGUGCUUUGAUCCUGUUCUUACAAUAGUUGCUGGCCUUAGUGUCAGGGAUCCUUUCCUUUUGCCCCAAGACAAGAGAGAAUUAGCAGGGACUGCAAAGUCUAGAUUUUCUGCUAAAGAUUACAGUGAUCAUAUGGCUCUUGUUCGAGCAUAUGAAGGAUGGAAAGAUGCUGAAAGAGAAGGAUCAGCUUAUGAAUACUGCUGGAGAAAUUUUCUUUCUGCCCAAACUCUUCAGGCAAUUCAUUCACUUCGAAAACAGUUCAGCUUCAUCUUGAAAGAAGCUGGCUUGGUAGAUACAGAUUCAAGCAUUAAUAACAAAUUGAGCCAUAAUCAAUCUCUUGUCCGUGCAGUCAUAUGUUCUGGACUCUUUCCUGGCAUAGCAUCGGUGGUGCAUAGGGAGACAUCCAUGUCAUUUAAGACAAUGGACGAUGGCCAGGUUUUAUUAUAUGCAAAUUCAGUGAACUCACGUUACCAGACUAUUCCUUACCCAUGGUUGGUUUUCGGUGAGAAAGUAAAGGUAAAUGCUGUUUUCAUCCGUGAUUCCACAGGUGUAUCUGAUUCAAUACUUAUCCUAUUUGGUGGCGCUCUAAGUAAUGGAAUACAGGCAGGGCAUCUGAAAAUGUUAGAUGGGUACGUUGACUUCUUUUUGGAUCCUAAUUUAGCUGACUGCUAUUUGAAGCUUAAGGAUGAACUAGAUAAGCUUAUCCAAAAGAAGCUAGAAGAUCCUGGCAUUGACAUUCACAAGGAAGGGAAGUACUUGAUGCUUGCUGUUCAAGAGUUGGUCUCAGGGGAUCAGUGUGAAGGAAGAUUUGUAUUUGGUCGUGACAGCCGGAAGCCUAAGGCCUCUAACGACGAGAAUAAAUUCACAAAAGAUGGGACAAACCCCAAAAGCUUGCUGCAAACACUUUUGAUGCGAGCAGGGCACACCCCACCAAAAUACAAAACAAGACAUCUCAAGACAAAUGAGUUCAGGGCAUUGGUAGAGUUUAAAGGAAUGCAAUUUGUUGGCAAACCUAAAAGAAAUAAGCAGCUUGCAGAAAGGGAUGCUGCCAUAGAGGCACUGGCUUGGUUAACUCACACCUCAGACAAUACUCAACAUGAAGAUGAUAAAUCUCCUCCUGAUGUUACUGACAACAUGUUAAAACUCCUAGGGAAGCGUAGAAAAUCAAAACGACAUUUUGAUUGACUUGUUAUCCCUUAAUGGUUUAUCCCUUAGGUUAGUUUAUCCCUUAGGUUAGUUUAUCCCAUUCAUUUAUCUUCACGGAUAAGUAGCUUAGCGCAUUGUUGUUUAUUGCAUGAGGAUUGGGUUUGAUUUUCUCUCAUUUUUAUUCUUUGUAAUUUACCAACCCUUAGAUUAAGAAAAAGGAGAGAAAAUAUGAGGGAAAAUUGGAGAGGAUCCAAACCCCCGAAUUUAUCUUUGUGAUAUUAGAUUUCUCUUUGUUUUCUCAUUUUCCCCUUUUUUGAGGGGUUGAAAAUUGUUCAGGAACCUUUAGUUAAUUUAAGGCAUCCAGUUUUAGCAGUUUGUUUGUACUUGAAAGGUUGAUUG